CUCACCUCGAACAGUCAACAACAAUGGGACCCGGCCCCGUCAUCCUCACUCUCGACUCCUGGGUAGAACAACAUCUGCAGGAGGUGCUCACGGCGAAAAGUCAGACUGCCUUCGACGACGCGUUUGAUGCGUUCGUUGCGCUGGACGCAAGCAUCACUGUCAACGGCCAGCACAUGUCGCGCGCCGAGUACAAGAAGACGCUCUGGAACGACGAGGCGCACGAAACCUCGGGCACCGUGACCUUCAAGGGCACCGUUGCGGUGCCGAAGAACUCAAAGGCCAUUGUUCAGACGGGUGAGGUCGGCGUGUUUUUCGAGGCGUCGAUCCACCGCAACCCGCUGCUGUUCAACAACAACAUCACGGCUUCGAUGAACCUUGUUGUUGAACAGGUAAAGUCCAAGCACGAUGAGCCGAGCGAGUUCGAUGGCCGCCAGGCGACGAACAUCAACCAGGUCUUCACGGACGUCGCGAGCAACGUCUCUGACAGCCAUUAAAGUUAUUUUGGUAUUUUGCGGUUACGUGUACGCUCUAUAAGUAGCGCAGACUGCCGAAAUGUUGUUUAUGCCGGGUCUGUGCCCUAAUUUGUUCCACGGUUAUGCCAUGUCAGAUAUGCACGUCUUUUGCGAUUCCCCCUGGAAUCGGUAUCUUGGAUUCGAGGUGGCAGGAUAGGAGGUUGGACAGGAGCCUAAUAGACGCGCGUCCUUUGGCGCCCUGCUUUGCCGCGCCGCGUGCGCAGGUGCGCUGCCCACCCAGCAGCUUGCGCACGAUAUGCUUUGAGACCUGAUGAA